ACGGUGCAUCUGGGUAACAAGUUUGUUUUGGCGCGAAAAGUUUCAUUCAAUGUCAUUGUCCCUUUGUCAGUUGCAUUUGUCAAUUGUUCACAAAAAUCAGCAGGUGUUUCGAAGUUUUUCUUAGUGCACGUUAGGAUGAAAAAUGGUUUCAUGAUAUUUCGCAGCAUCCACAUUUGAGGAGGAUAGAAAAUGUUCGUGGAGGACAUUAAAAAUGAUUUCUACAACGUUCUUCUAGGCAAUAGGGUCCUCUUGAUCGUUCAUUAUGAUGUGGAUGCAGUGUGUGCGUGUAAAAUACUUCAGGAUUUGUUUAAAUGCGACAACAUAUCGUAUACUUUGGUGCCUGUGGGGGGUGUAUCCGAGUUGAAAACGGCUUACGAAGAGAAUAAUGAAGAGAUAAAAUACGUUGUACUUGUGAACUGUGGCGGGACCAUAGAUCUAGUCGAUAUAUUGCAGCCUGAGGAGGAUGUAGUUUUCUUUGUUUUGGAUUCACACAAGCCCACAGACAUUUGCAAUGUGUAUAGUGAUGGGCAGGUUCGCUUAGUGUAUAAGGAUGAUGAGGAGAACAUUCCAAACUUUGAUGAUAUAUUUAGAGAUGAUGAAGAAGAAGAGGAGAAUGACGAUGAAUUACAAGGUGCAGACAGGCUGGAGGCUGUGGUGGAACGUCGUAGGGCUCGGAAGGCAUGGGAGGAGCGACGGCACACACUCAUGUUUAAUUAUACACAGUUCUCCUAUUAUGGGAAGCCAAGUGCAUGUGUAGCGCUAGAGCUAGCAGUGCGAGUGUCCCGCUGCAGUGCUGCAGUGCUCUGGUGCGGGGCUGUGGGCUGUACAGCACAUGCAGCGCUUUACCUUCGACCACCAGCUCGCUGCCUGCUGGACGCAGAGCCACUGCAGCGCUGCCUUGCGCAUAGUACAUCAGCCCACGUGAUAGUAGCAAAAGACGCAUGGCUGCCUCUCUACCGAUGGUGGUCUGUAGAAGGUGCAUUACGUCACGCAGCAGGCCUUGCCCCGCGGCUUCGCUUGCACAAUAGUUCUGGGGCUACGAGAUUGAGGCAGUUGCUUGCUGAUAUGGGAUUUCCCCUGCAACAAGCUCGUCAGUCCUACCGCUCCAUGGACGUGGAACUCCGCAGAAGUCUCCUCACAGCGCUAGAGACAGCGGCCCCAAAACAUAAGUUAACUGCUCCUACUAGAGCUGCGUUUCUGUUGCAAAGGCCACAUUCACAUCCUUUGGCUGCUUUAGAUACUGUAUAUGCGGUUAUGGCGCUUAUUGAACAUGACACAAUACCAAAAGCGGAAGGCUUCCAAAAGGCCCUAGCAGCGUUAGAAGUGUGCGGAGAGAAUGAAGCCCUGAAACUUGGAGUCACAUCAGCUCGCAGAAGUUUGGAAGCCGUGGCACGAUUGGCCCAGGGUAUAUUGGCUUCCAGGGGACUGUUGCUGGCCGGACCGUUUAAUUAUUUUAUAGUUCAAGAGGGCACAACGGAAUCCGCAUCAGUGCGAGGUCCCCUGUGGCUCGCAGAAGCAGCCCGCUGGGUGGCCUCCGCUACCGGGGGCUCCAGGCCGCUUCUGGCCAGCUCCCCGCUGCCCAACGGACAGUGCUUGCUGCUCGGAGUACCACCUAGAUAUGAUCAGGAGCCGCGCAAUUUAUUCGGAGCAGCCUUCGAGCAAGCCGCACAGAAAAGUGGAGCGAGUGUGAUACUAGACUAUGUGGAUACUUCAGUUAUAGUUCUACCGACUUCACAGAGAACGCAAUUUCUUGAUGCAUUAACAGCUCUAUUGGCUUAAACCCACCUCUUAUGUAAAAUAAGUAAAUAAUGACGGUACAUAUCAAAUUAAUAGAAAAAGUAUAGGAAAAGCAGGAAAAAAAGCAUGUGUUAGGUUUUGUGUAUCACUUAGGUAAAAUCGGGUAAAAUAAAAAUACAGGUUUUUUUUUUAAAUUAAUUUUUUAUUUUUUGAAAUGGUGAAAAAUGAAAAUGUACAGACUAAACAGUGAAAAUAUGACGAAAAUUCUUGUAAAAAAUUAAAAAUUCGAAUCGAAAUUGAUUUUUUUCGUAAUUACAAUAAACUAUUACUAUAAUACUAUUUGAUAUGUACUAUUUUUGCUAGAAACAUUAUGAAAUAGACAAAUAACAUCACAUUCUUCUAUAAACAAUAAUUAUUAAUAUCUUAACCAAUUUGUUGACAAUAAAAUUAAAGCUCAUCUAUAGAAUUUAGUUAGAUCUUCAUUUUAUGUAAUUGAUUUAUGAUUUUUAAUCUUAAAUUUAAUUUUAUAAUUUUAAUCGUUAAAAUUUAAUGUAAUUCCAGUGAAUUGUAAAUAUGUGUGCGAUCUUAAUGUCUGAAUGUUUGUUGAUUAAAUAUAAGCGAGUACAAUUAAAUGUUAUUUAUUUUUAAAUGAUUACGAUUUAAGUGAAAUAAAGGAAUUUACUGAU